UAUUAAAAUGGCGAUAUAAAGUUUGGUGUCUGAAUAAUGUCGUAAAUACGCAAAUACCUGAAUUAAUUAUGAAUGUUUUUACUUUUUUCUCUUAUUACUCACGUGUUUUAAGCACUAGAGUUGAAACUGUGCUAUUAUUAUAAUAUUGUGUUGUUUGUUUUGAUAAUUUGUGAUCGGUAAGACUUCAAAGAAAUGGAGCCAUAUUUACGAAAACCGGACAAGAGAUAUAUGUAAUAAUUGGUGAAUUGUCAUUUUCUCAAUGAGAAAUGGGAUGGCUAAACCACUGAAAGACAGUCAUGGAUCCGGUGGGCCCAUGGUCGGCUUACGCCUCUUAUAAUCGUCUUGCUGGUGUUCAAGGGGAUCACCAUCUGCCCCCUACGACAGGCACACCGCCCACCACCACUGCUCAAUUGUUACCCGGUGGUUUCCUUUCCCCUACACCAGUGGGUUACGAGACUGUUUUUAGCCCCCUUUUCCAUCACGCGGCGGGUACCAAACCCGCCACUGCCCACUAUGUCACCCAGCACCGUGCCCUCGCCGCCUCCAAACAACCAGACGACUAUCACCAACAGCCUUUUUUCGAACAGGGCGCUGGAUGGCAACAAAACAGCCCCUUCGGAAUUCUGCCCCAUGAAAGUGUGGUUCCGACUACGAAAGCGGCGACGUAUGAGAAUUUCAAUGCACAUUUUGCCGCCGCCCAAAGUCUCAAUCAUUUAAAUUCGCAAUUGGCGGCGGCGAAAACCGCCGCCGUCGCCGCCGCCGCCGCUACUGCUACUAGAGCUCAAAGUCCUGCCACUACUACUAAAACGCCUCCAGCGUUCUUCCAAACCGCAACCACUUCAAACUCAAUCCAAUCAUGUAUAGUCUCAACACCAUCAAAUUCAAAAGAGUAUAGAGUACCACAAACACCCAGAUCUUAUCUAACUUCACCCAAUCCUCAAAGACCCAUCAAACAAUCAACAACUCCCCAAAUUCAAACGAAAGCCCAAACGAAAAUCUACCCAGAAUUAAGUAAUCAACAAAAUGAUAGACAGCGAAACAACGAAGAACCACAAAAUCAAUCUUCACCUGUCAGUUUCUCGAUAAAUUACUCUGGAAAACGUACAUCGCAAUUUCAAAAUUCCUCAAAUUACAGUCAUUACCCUCAAAAUAUUCCUAAAAGUGGUUCCGAUUAUAACUCAAAUGGUCCCGAUUGCAAUGUCGUUGUCCCUCGUAGACCUAGCCCUCUACAAGCUCACUCUCAAGCUUCACCAAUUGGCCACGCCCCAAGCCCCGCCUACCCAAUGUACAACAGUCCAAUGAACUCAAUCUCUUCCCCUCAACAAACUUCCAAUCAAGUAACACCUCCCUCACCAUUGGAUGUCUCUGUUCCAAGACCUACUACUCAACCAACCAACGUUGCCUAUCCUUCUGUCAUAACGCGAGCUUUAAAUAGCGAAAAAAGCAGCUUCCCGGAGAGGUACGAAAGACAACCGCAAAAUAAUCAAAAUUGUUGGGAGGAAAGACAAGCCCGAAAAUUCUCAACAGGAAAUCAACCAAAUAAUUAUAACACAGUGCAGGACCAAAGAGUGGGACAACAAGGGUAUUUUGAGACUAAUACCAGCCACCAGAUGGCAGCACUACAGGACUUGUCUAGUUGUCGAGGCGAUCCGAUGAGUAUUGUCAAGAAUUUGCAACAGCAACAGAGUUGUCAAGUGGCACAAGUCGAGGUUAAACAAGAGGUUAAACCGGCGGUUAAGAGAAGAAAAAGUAGUGAGAAACCGACUAGUGAGGUACCACGGAUACCACCACCGGCACAUAGCUCCGGGGCGCAAGGACAGCAACAAAAUGGGGCCUAUUUCGAUUUUGAUAGGUGGAACUUGCCUCCGCCUUCUUCAAAAAUCUUCACCAGCCAGACAAUCCACCAACAGCACCAAGGUUUGAUGGUCCCACAUCCACAUGGUCACCAUCCACCGCCCCCAUUGCCAUAUUUCGCACCUUUCCAUUUACCCCCUCAUCCAGCGGAAUUUCCAUCAACCGUUGAAUUAACCCCAAUUAGCAACUAUCCAGAGCAAAACACAUCGUCACAAUUUCCUCAACAACAACAAGAAGAUCAACCAAAAGUCGUCGUUCCUAACAUUGAAGAAGAAUUAAAUUUUCUCUCACAAAGUACGACAACAAGAACCCCAACCAACUCGAUUAAACCGCCGCCACAAAACUCAAUGAAACCAAACGAUAAUAAUAAAGCAACAGGACCCGGUUCGGGUUUCAUGAGUAGUUAUCUCAAGUUCCUUCAAGGAGAACGUGAUAGUUCUCCACCUCCUGUUACACGCGGUAAUAGAAAGCAAUCUUCGUGGACACGUUCAAAGCCCCAAAUAAACAACGAGACGACAAAACAGCCUGAAAGUAACGGAACGGCGACUCCAGUCGUACAGCCCCCACUACCACCACCAUUAAUAACAAAAUUAUCGCAAGGAGACCCCCAAGACGAUCCCAGAUACUUUCCCUUACCGAAAGAACGAAAAAGAAACAGUUUUGACAGUGACAGUGAUGGGAUUAGUUCAGAUGAUGAUUUUUUUAGAAGUAAUAAAAAGUUUAAUUACGAUCGAAAAGACAAUAAGUCACGUAAAAAAUCCAAAAGUGGAACGACUGAAAGAAAAAAAAUCAAGAAAACGAAAAAAGACGAGGAAAUUAUACCGAGAAGAGAAUCGACAAAACGUGCAGCAAAAGAGAAAAUUAAUUUGCAACAUCUUAUCAAAGCCGAUGAUGAUCUUGAAGAGCCUCCUGAGUUUCAAGAUUCCGAUUCGGAUCCGGCAUGGACACCACAAGCUAAAGAAGAUGGCGAAGAAAUUAUACCAAUUUCGAAAAAAACACGAAAAGCUAGUGGGAAAAAACGUAGAAAUCUCAUUACAGCAGCUGCACAAGGAGCCGGCAUUUAUGAAACCGAUGGUUACGUCAGCGAUAAUUCUAAGAAAAAUAAAGGAAAUAAAAAUAAGCAAAAUGCGCCUCCUACACUCGAGGAUAAUAUUGCAGCGUCUUUAUCCAAUAAUUCUCUUAUUACGAAUGAUGACAAUCCGUUCAAGCCUGGUGAAUUUGUUGUAAUACGAUCUGAAUUGAGUCAAGAUUGGCCAGCGAUUUGGCGAGUUGAUGGAAAGACUUUGCUUCAAAAAUAUGAACCAUUUGAACAAAAUGGUGUUACUCUUUAUAGAAAUAUUUCAACGUAUACGUCAUGGACUCCUGAAAGUAAAAAGCAAUACAUUUCAAUACCAAUCGCUUACAAAGUCCAGAAUCAUUUGGAAACAAUCGUGGAAUUUUUACGUAAUGAAAUGACAGUCAUCGAUCAGGAUUACCAACAGAAAUGUAUGCGUGAUUGUGAGUGUUAUCAGGACAAUUUCGAAGUGUACAUACAGACAUUAAUUUCUCAAGCUUUGGAUAGUAAUUUCCUAACGGAAAUUUUCCAAGAGAAAGAUGAGUAUUUCUUAUCAAAUGUGAAAACGAUAGAUGACAUAACCGACAGUAAGAAAAAAAAGUUGUUGUCGUUGCUGCGAUGGCCACCAGCGGUCCAAGCCGCAGUCUGUACAUGGCCAUGUUUUAAUGUGAUUCGCGAAGUAAAUCCGUCUGAUAUUCAUACGAAAAGUUGUGCAGCUUGUGGUCGAUUGGAAGUCGCUGUUCGUGUUUUGAUGUAUGGUCAGCCGUACAAUUCAACUACUUUGGAAGGUUGUCAACCUGAUCCAAAAGCAAUGAAUGAGAAAAAUUUUUUAAUGUGUAGGAUUUGUGCAACACGUGUUGAACUUUCAAAUAAAGUGACACAUCAAAAAUAUUUGAUGUAUAUUGAAUGUGCAAAACGUGUCAGUGAAAAACGGACUAGUGAUCCAAAUAAGGAUACGACUUGUAUAUUAAAUGAGUUAUUAGCGGAUGAGAAUUGGUUAAAUCAGUUGUUUUUGGAGGUACGUACUUCGUGGGCGGAAAUUGACUGUAUAGAGUACAGUUUAAAAAUGAAAAAUACAGUGUAUUCGCAGUGAAAGACUUGAUUAAAAUUCGAAGGACUAAAUAUCAAAAUUGUGUACAUUAUAUUUGAUGAGAGUUUAUAUAAAACUAAAAAAAUGUAUUGUUUAAUAAUUAUUAUGUAAUGAAUAUAUUUAGUUUAGACAUAUUUUUUUAUUAGUGAUGGUUGUUUUGCCAUUAUUUCGAUUUUCUUGUAAAGAGAAAGUGAUAUUGUUUGUUUAUUACGUUAUUACGAAACGAACAUUUAUUUGGUGGUUUUACAAACAACACACCAUUCGUAAUAAAUAAUUUUUGACAUUU